AUGGCAGAGAUACACAGACCUGCCCUUGGUCAAGAGGUCGCCAUCGAAACAUUAUAUGACGCAAAGCGUGACCAAUUCCUUCCAACUUCAAUUCUGCCUCCUUCCGUACCAGAAGGUUUCAUCACAAGAUCUCAACGUCAGACAUCACAACAGUAUGACCUCUCUUGGUCCGUGGGAGCUACUCAUAAGAGCAGAUUUAAUCUCAUGAACAUCGAUGCGAACCUUGCUGCAAGUAUCGCUUGCGACUUGACCGUCCCUCAAGGAUAUGGCAUGUUCCUGGAAGAUGGCACAUCUGAAACGAAUAUCUUGCAAGGCAACGUCCGUCAUAUUUACAAUACCUGCAGGGAGUACGUGGAACUUGGCAAUCAAGACAUUUCGCAUGUUCUUGCCCAAGGGUUCAUCUCUGUUGCAGAUGGUCGCAGUACUCACUUCGUCGUUGCGGCCAACUAUGGGCUUCAAAGUAUCAUCACCAUGAAGUAUAACCUCAGAGACCCUCGCAACAAGGCCAACGUGGAACCUGUCUUUACCCACGACGUGAGAACGGUACACGACAUUGCCAAGUUGCUCUCUUCACUUAACUUCAGUAACAAUACGGUCAACAGACGACUGGCGCUUGCGUAUGAGUUCAGACUCUAUACCGACAUACAGAAAGAGUAUGGCAUAUGCAUCGAAAGUCUCGCUCUAUUAUGCACAUUUGUUCAGACAGGUCCACGACAGAUUAGGGCAGAUUCCGGGAAGAAGGGAUACCCAAUCAAUUACACACUACUUCCCUUGCAGUUCCUGAGGCUUGGAGCUACUACAGUCCCCGAUUCCAACCGGACGCAUAUCUCGAUCACCGAUAUAGAUCCAGUCCUCGAUAUCUUUGACCGUUAUAACGAGGACAAAGAUACGCUAGACAACUAUAAAUUGGACAUCCGAGGGAAGAAGCAUUGCAUUCCUUUACAACAUUUCGACGAUGUCAAUAAUACAAUCCUCCGCAUGUUAGGCAUCCAAAACAACCUCAAAGUUGAACUCAAAAGAAGGGUACUCAAUGUUAGAAAUGGCAUUGAAAAUGACCGUCGUCUGCAUGAGCUACACGCGAUCAUUGAGACCAACCCUGAGAGGAUUUCUUUGGUCUCGAUUACAAUGCAACAAAGCGACAAGAUGGACUUCAUCACCCGGGCUGUAGGUCAUGGCGCUACAUACAUCGGCUUCAACGGCCUGUCUCUCAAAGAUGUCACUCUACCCCACGAUAGCCCUGCACCUUAUACGUUCGAGUUUAACAAUGCUGUGCUCAAGAGUUCUAUUUCGUGGAAAGAACAGCACGAUGCCUUCAUGAAGUUUUUGUGGAAUCCCCAAAGACGAUGCCAGGUUUAUAUCGUCGAUUGCGAUGCCCCAUUACAACAUAAACAUCUCGACUGUGCUCGAUUCAGUGAAAUGCAGAGGAACAACACGGCAUCGAUACAACACGAGGAGCAGGAUUAA